AAAGACAGAUAGUUUAACAGUCGGAUUAAGUACUCAUACGAAAAUUACAGAAGUACGCUUUAACUUAAUGCUAAUAUUCAACAACACACUCCCUUUUUAAAUACAAAACUAUUCGUUGCUGUAUACCGCCAUUUUCUUUGUGUAGAGGUUUUGUUUGUUUUGCAGGAGGCUAACCAUGGUGUGGGAGCUCGCACCGCUAAAUUCUUCUUCAGGUGCUACAAGGUGCUAUUUUACAUCUAAUGGAAUAUACACAGUUGGUCGGAAAGGUUGUGCAGUAACAAUUCUGACUGACAAGACAAUCUCACGAGUGCAUGCAGAGAUCAUAGUUGAGGCAGCUUCUCCUUAUAAUAACUUGCAAGGUUUUACAGAUAUUCCUCCCCCAGAAAUUCGCUUAAAAGAUGUUUCAAAGUUUGGCACAUUUGUUAACAAGGAAGUCGGUUCAAAACCAGUUUUUUCCUUACCAAAUAAGGAGACAGUUUUAAACAAUGGAGACUUGAUCACGUUUGGAACAACAAAUACAAUAUUUAGGUUGAGCUUUAUUCCGUUCUUAUUCUGUAUAACAGCUAUAGAAGAUUUGGACCUGAAACAUCGUGUACAUAACACUGUCUCAUCAAUAGGGGCAUAUUCAAUAGAGAAAUGGAAGUCAAACUGUACUCAUCUUAUUGUUGAAGACUCUUCUCCUAUAACAAAUGAUGUUUUGGAUGCUGUUGUGGCCAAAAAACCUAUUGUUGUGUGCAACUGGAUUCAAGAUAUGAUGGGGCAAGCAUCUUCACUUUCAGAAAUUCCAAACUGCUCGAGCUUUGGUCCUACUUUAAUGCUAAAACAAGGGCCAGUAUCUAUACCAGUCAAGAUUGUAGAUUCAAAAUUUCGGGAAACAUGCUUAUCUGGAUUUACAUUUAUGGUUGGACCAUCAGAUUCGUACCAUUACAAAGAGAGAUUGAAGCUUCUGCUGGAAGUUUGUGGAGCAACUGUAAUUCCUGUUGCUAAAAAAAAUGAAAGCAUACAGAAAGCAGACAUACCGGUAGAACGUGAGUUUCUGGUAUUUCCAGCAGAAGAUGCAAAAAAGAACUCAGGGCUGGGGCCUGAUCAAUUUUCUUACAUGAAGAAAAUCCCUAGAUUGGAUGAAUAUAAAGUAAUUGAAAUUGUUUUAUCUGGAGAGUUUAAUGCAUCUUCCUUCAAACCGCCAUUGAGCCCUGUAUCAUCUUCUAGGACAGAGGAAACAGUUGACGUGGCUGAUUCCGAAGAUGAAGUUGAAGUUACCACCUCUCAUCAAUUUUCCAAGGUUAUUGAAUCCAGAUGGAGUAGUUUGAAACGUUAUGGUACUGACAUAUCUCCAAUUUCGGGAGAAAGACAAAUCCUCUCAGAUGCAGACGAAACAAGAAGAUUUAAGUCUGUACCAGAAGUUAACUCCACUCAGUUGUUUUUGACAAGGUCUUUGGGAGAAUCAUCUGUAAAUCAAACUGUUAUGCAGUUCAGAACAGUUACUGGUGAUAAGGAAUUCUUAUCUGCUGGUAGAAAGACAGUUGAAAUUGUUAAUCAGAAGACAAAGGAACUUGCAAACAAUUCAGAGGCUAGAGAGGAAACAACUAUGCAUAUUAAGAGAGAAGAGAGAGAUGUUAGUACUGACAAACAAGAUUUCCAGAAACCUGACAUAAUAUAUGAUAAAAAUCUUAUUGUCAGGAAAGAUGGGGAGUGUAGAAAUGAAAAAAUUACAUUGAAGGCUGAUAUUCCAAAUUUCAAAUGCUUUAGAAAGAAAAAUGCAGUGUCUGGUAACAGCUUCAAUGAUCUGAUUCCCUUUGCAAGAGAUCCUUACAAAGAAUCUGAUUAUGCACGAGAAAUGGCAGAGUAUAUAAGAGAGGAGAAAAUGCGGAAAGAAGCUGAAGCUCUUGCGGAAGAUCUAUUCAAUGCUGACCGUGUAAAGCGACAGCGAGGGACAACAGGCACAUCUUUUCUUGAGUCGCAAACUUUUUCUAGACAGAGGGUUAGAUGAUAUGCAAAGAAGGUGAAACAGUUGUAAACCCCAUUUUUGAAAAUUAGGGAUAGGAGACAAUUAUCUCGAUUUGUCUCUUAGUUAGACCAAUUAGUGGAGAAAGACAGGGUUGUGUAAUGCUCGUGCUUUGUAUUUUUUCUUGUGAUUGAAUAAAUUUUUACCCCUCUUUUAGUUGAAUAAUGGCUUCUUUCUAAUUGCAGUAAUUUUAGUUCUUGUUCUCAA